AUGGAGGAAUUGAAUUCCCUUUCAUUUGAAAGGUUGCAGUUUGUAUCAGACUACUAUAAGCUUGUUAUUCAACUGGAAAACUAUCUGAGUUCGGCGAGAAGUGAUAUUUCGAAAGCAAGAACCCUUCAAGGAGUUGCUCUAUCGUCUAUCUUCAAGCCGCCGUUCAAUGAUGGGAAAUUCACGCUCGUAGACGGUGUGGAGGCGAGUAGUGGAGACGAAAGUGAAUCUAAGGUCCGCAAACGUAAAGAAGGUGAGGCUCCGAAAAAGGAACAAAAGGAUGAUAAGCCAAAAGUGAAGCAUAUUCCUAACUUUCGACGCGUUCGUGUUUCCGAGCCGUCUAUUGUUUGUGAGCUUGCCACAUUACAAUGUGAAAUCAAACGAAUUGACUCAAGAAUGUUAUCAAUCAAGGAAUCCCUUAAGUUGGAUGGCGAACUUAGCGAAAAAUUGGAGCAUAUACUCAAAGUCUGA